AUGUCGCAACAGACAUCGGAAGAAAGCAGCGCCACUUCGCAAGAGAUGCCGCAUGACAGAAACAGAGGAGUCGUGGAAGAGUUUUUCCGAGAAGAAGCAGACCUCAUUGAGAUAGCCGAUGAAGUAGAGGGUGAUGAGGAUGACGACGAAGAUAAAGAAAGCCUUGAGGAACCAAGAGGGGUGGACCCCUUGGAACAAGAACACGCAGGCGACGAGCUUGUACAACACCAUGCAGAAAAAGGAUAA